AUGGCCACGACAAUGCGACGCUUCGCGCGGCGUCUCUCGCAGAUUGCACGUCUGAACGCGCCCGACAAGGACGUGCCCUCGGUGGUGCUCACUCGUCCCUCGACGGCGUCCAUCUUUCAGUUUGACGAAGAUGCCGCCUACUUUCGCAAUCUGGGCAUCAAGACCAAUCCGACGGGAAUGGGCAGCAGCUUCCCCAACAACAAUCCUUCCUACCUCUCGGCGCCCAGUCGCAUCGCCAAGCGCCACAAGGUGAUCAACAACAACUCAGACUUGUCAGACAUUCUCAGCAUUUCAUCCGGCCACCAGGAUGCCUCCUCCUUCACGGGCAUCUCCUCCUCACCGGGUGGCCCCGUUGACGAGCGUGAGCGACACCGACGGGGCAACUCCGAAAUGCUCGCCCGAACCGCCCGCUUCCUCUCCAUCAUGUACGCCUUCCUGCUGAUCAUCAUUGGCGCUAUGUGCACCAUGUUUAACAUUAAUGAGCGAGAGAACUACGCGCGAGACGCCUUCUUCAUUGUCAUCUGCGUGAUGGGCAUUGGCUGGCUGGCCUUCCUCCACUACGACAUUCUCAAGUACAAGCGAUGGGCAAUGGAGUUUGUCAAGCCAUUUGUUGCAGAGGAGUUUGCCGACAGUAUUGAUGAUGACGAGGAGGAAGAGGAAGAGAGAAAUGAGGAAAAUGAAGAAGAUGAUUUCGAAAGGGGCAGCAAUGAAGAUAAUACCCUGGAAGAGGGCGCUGCUGAAGAUGGUGGUGGUGAAAGAAGAAAUGGUGGCGGAGGUGGAAGAAUUGCCACCAUUUCAGGCGGUCGUAACAUGCAGAACAAUGCAGAUGCCUACGAUUCAGUCAGUUUAAACACGGCCAUGAUUUUUGACUACGUCGGUCAAAAAUCAAGAAAAUCAAAGGCGAAAACGGCAGUAAACAGAGACUUUGACUCCAUUUCAAUGGCCAGUAUGGGUUUUGGGGGCGGAGGGAAAAAUCGAAUUGAAACUGGAUACCGGUACUUUCAGGGAAAACACUCCAAUGACUUUUACCUGAAAACGGGAAUGAUUAUCUUUUGUUUUGGAAGCAUCAUGCACCUAGGAAUUGGCACUGUUCAGCAGGUGUACUUCUUUGUGCACCACGAUGCAGUUUGCCAGGAACCACUGAAACUGACUACUGCCAUUGUUCGAGUGAUAUUCUCAUUCUAUCAGCUGUUCAUUGCUUUCAAGUACUCUAAUAUAAUCAUUAAUCGUUUCAAGAACAUGGCCCGCUUUGCGCUGAUGCACCUUUUGGGGACGGCCAUCAGCCUUUGGCUGGACACCAUCGUCGACGAAGUAAUCGACGACUUUGUCGAUCGGCGACUGUCCGAGGCGAAUGCCACCAACAUGGAGGACAGCUUUGAGGAGAUGCUCGCCCACUACGAUGAACCCUUCUACGACCACCUGGUGCACUCCAUCAACUGCUCUAAACUGGCCAUCGUGAGCAACCAGUCGAUGAGUGCACUGCCCUACUUCUACCCCUUCACCAUUGAGUUCAACAUUGCCAUCGCCUCCAUCUGGUACAUGAUCUGGACGAAUAUUGGCAAAGUCAACGACAAGUCGCUUUUUCAUUCGGUAAAGCAGGAAAUUGUAGAGGACGAGAACGGCGAAGAGGAAAUUCACUACCGCUCUUCAGGGCUGGCGCUAAACGUCGACUGCCACGCCUCCAACCGAGGCCUCUUCCUCGGGCUGGCCUUCCUCCUCGUCAUCAUCAUCACCAUCGUCAUCUUCUUCAGCACCAUCAAGAAGGACGUCUACUCGCACUUCAGCGUGGCCAUCUACUCGCUGCAGAUUGCCGCCCUCACCAUCUGCUCCUUUGUGGUCAUUCCGCUGGCCUACUUCAAAAUUCAGCAGCUGGACGUGGUGGGGCAUCACCACCGCGACAACGCCUUCACCAUCAUGGACGACAUUCUCGUCCUCGUGCCGAUUCCCUUCUACUUUGUCCACUACUCACUGGCCAUCAUCGCCAGCAUCGCCGACAUAUCUCACGAGGAGGACUUUGAGCGCACCAAUAACAUCCUCCUCAGCGUCAUUGAGCUGCUGACGAUAGCGCAGGUGAUGAUCCAGUCGCCCUUCAUCGUCGAUGGGCUGCGUCGCUGCGCCAACGGCUCGCAGGUUCGCCUGCGGAAGCCCGGCCGUGAGCUGGUCAUCUUCGCCCUCAUACUCAACGUCACCCUCUGGAUACUGAACACCUUUGAGCUGAAGAGCGUGGAGGUGUACCACGCGCCGCACCACUACUUUGGCGAGUUCACCAGCAUGAUCAUCAACCACGCGACGCUGCCCAUCAUGCUCUUCUACCGCUUCCACUCCAGCGUCUGUCUGAGCAACAUCUGGAAGUACGCCUACGAGAAGGAUGAGUAG